UCUGGCUGAGCCGCCAGUGGAUGUCGUUGUUCUGUUCCUUGAGCGCGAUGUCACUCCUUUAGCAUGACCUCAAACGCGGCGGGGGCUGGGACCGCCAGUCAUUCUCCGUGCGAGAGCCGGGGCGGGAGGCAGGCGGGACCCAGCCCCGCCGCCAGCCGCACUUUUGUGGUGCCGCCGCCGCCGCGGUCUCCCCUUUCUCGGCGGGGCUGGCCGCGGGGCGGGCGAUGCUCCGGGCUCCCUGAGCCGCUGCACCGCGUCCGUCGGCCAAGUCGCCCCGCGGAGCUGCGCGCUAGAGCGGCGGCUCCCCUCCCUCGUCGCCCCGCGCCGCGCGGAGGUUGCGCAGGAUGCCGCGGAGGGGCGCGGAGGCGCCGCUGGCCCUGCUGCUGGCGGCGGCGUGGCUGGCGCAGCCCCUGCGUGGCGGCUACCACGGCGUGAGCAUGUUCGCCGUGCAGACGGCUCAGCCCGACCCCUGCUACGACGAGCACGGGCUGCCCCGCCGCUGCAUCCCCGACUUCGUCAACUCGGCCUUCGGGAAGGAGGUGAAGGUGUCGAGCACCUGCGGGAAGCCGCCGUCGCGGUACUGCGUGGUGACGGAGAAGGGCGAGGAGCAGGUCCGCUCCUGCCACCUCUGCAACGCCUCCGACCCCAAGCGCGCCCACCCGCCCUCCUUCCUCACCGACCUCAACAACCCGCACAACCUGACCUGCUGGCAGUCCGACAGCUACGUCCAGUACCCCCACAACGUCACCCUCACCCUCUCCCUGGGCAAGAAAUUCGAGGUGACCUACGUCAGCCUGCAGUUCUGCUCGCCGCGCCCCGAGUCCAUGGCCAUCCACAAGUCCAUGGACUACGGCAAGACCUGGGUGCCCUUCCAGUUCUACUCCACGCAGUGCCGCAAGAUGUACAACAAGCCCAGCCGCGCCGCCAUCACCAAGCAGAACGAGCAGGAGGCGGUCUGCACCGACUCGCACACCGACGUGCGGCCCCUCUCCGGCGGCCUCAUCGCCUUCAGCACCCUGGACGGCCGCCCCACCGCCCACGACUUCGACAACUCGCCCGUCCUGCAGGACUGGGUGACGGCCACCGACAUCAGGGUGACCUUCAGCCGCCUCCACACCUUCGGCGACGAGAGCGAGGAUGACUCCGAGCUGGCCCGCGAUUCCUACUUCUACGCCGUCUCCGACUUGCAGGUCGGCGGGCGAUGCAAGUGCAACGGCCACGCGUCGCGCUGCGUCCGGGACCGCGACGACAGCUUGGUGUGCGACUGCAAGCACAACACGGCCGGCCCCGAGUGCGACCGCUGCAAGCCCUUCCACUACGACCGGCCCUGGCAGAGAGCGACGGCCCGGGAGGCCAACGAGUGCGUGGCUUGCAACUGCAACCUCCAUGCCCGGCGGUGCCGCUUCAACAUGGAGCUCUACAAGCUGUCGGGGCGCAAGAGCGGUGGCGUCUGCCUGAACUGCCGGCACAACACUGCUGGGCGGCACUGCCACUACUGCAAGGAGGGCUUCUACCGGGACCUCAGCAAGCCCAUCUCCCACCGCAAGGCCUGCAAAGAGUGUGAUUGCCAUCCCGUGGGCGCCGCCGGCCAAACCUGUAACCAAACCACGGGCCAAUGUCCCUGUAAAGACGGUGUCACCGGCAUCACGUGCAAUCGAUGCGCCAAAGGCUACCAGCAAAGCCGGUCUCCCAUUGCCCCCUGCAUAAAGAUCCCCGCCGCUCCCCCCACCACUGCCGCCAGCAGCACGGAGGAGCCUGCAGAUUGUGACUCAUACUGCAAAGCUUCCAAGGGGAAACUGAAGAUCAACAUGAAGAAGUACUGUAAGAAAGAUUAUGCUGUCCAGAUCCACAUCCUGAAAGCGGAAAAAAAUGCCGACUGGUGGAAGUUCACGGUCAACAUCAUCUCCGUCUACAAACAAGGGAGCAACCGGAUACGGCGAGGAGACCAGACCCUGUGGAUCCACUCCAAGGACAUAGCGUGCAAGUGCCCCAAAAUCAAGCCCAUGAAGAAGUAUUUGCUGCUGGGCAACAACGAGGACUCUCCCGACCAGAGUGGCAUCAUUGCAGACAAAACCAGCCUGGUGAUACAGUGGCGGGAUACGUGGGCUCGGCGGCUCAGGAAGUUCCAGCAGCGGGAGAAGAAGGGGAAGUGUAAGAAAGCCUAAAGGAGGAGAAGGCAACGGAGCGCGCGAGAGGGAGAGACUGACUGUGCAUGCUGCUUUGUGUAGAGCUGGGGCGGGCAGGGACCGGCGAUGGGGAUGGCGGGAGGAAAGUCACGCUGUUGGGGCGGGCUGGGAGGGAUGGGAGGGACAGCAAUCAUGGCUGUGGGGCUGUCAGGUUUGCACCUCGUAUCCUGGGAGAAAACAAAACAAAACACAACAAAAAAAAAUCGCACAUGUGGAUAUAAAAGGAGUGUGGGUGCAGGCGUGUGGCACCCGGUGCCCCCCAGCUUCCUUCUGCCCCGUUGGUUGAAGAAAUCAGAGACACCAAACUGCCUUCCAGCUGCUAACAUCUGCUGCUUCCAAAGCACGGCACGGGAACAUCAAACCUGAAAGAAACUAAUCAACAACAAUGCUGGAAAUUAACUCCCCAUCCCCCAAAAUACGUAUUCUCAGCUUAGGUUGAACAAGACAGUUAUUGUAGAGGGAACUAAACAGAGACUUAUGGCUGAGGACAGAUCUGAGAAUCGACUAAUGGGUUAUUUGAAGACUGUUUGGUAUCCAAUAGCCGUAACGAUUACCCGCUGUACGGUACCUAGGAGCGGCUGAGGUCUCCAGCCGUGGUGAUGCUCUAAUCCCAGGUUAGGCACAGCAAAGAGGCAACCACAUUAGUGGGCCACUUCCACGUGGGCAUAACUCGGGGAGUGACUCCUUGCUCCGGCCCCCAUGCCCUGAGGAGUGCUGCCCCCCCCCCCCCCCCGCCAAAGGAGCAUGAGCCACAGGAUGCCCUGGCCCCCUCCCAGCCACCGAUUCACAGUCAAGGAGUUAAUAACCAGGAUCCCCAAGGAAACAUCCAGACUUUGCAAAAAAAUAAGUUGGCAUCCAGUUCCCAUAGGUGCCCUGGACAAUCUCGCCCAUCGUAGUCCCUGGGUCUCCACCGCGGCCACCCCUGAGACCUCCUUCAUGGGCUUGGUCCUCUCUGCUGCUGUCAGCAGACUGAUGAACUCUCAGAUGAUAGAAAAGCUGUGCAGAUGACAUCAAGGUCCUGGCUGGCCACUGGUUUCACUCCCAAACUCAGCCAGCUCUCCCAAACGCACACCACCUCUGCCCUCACCCCCUCUGGUGCUGCAGCUCCCUGGCAUCCCUGCAUAAGGUGGCCAGCCCGCUUGGGACACAAAAAGGAGGUGGGACAGCGAGUGCCAAGGGACUGUCCCCAUGGGAAGCAGGGCCAGUGCAGAACUCUAAGGCUUGGCCAAGUUACAACGAAUGCAGGGCAGAGACCUGCCUAAGGGAAGGGGUCUCAGCCAGGGACUGGAUGAGCAAGGUGUGACCCACAUGGAGCUCCCCAAAUUACUCUCCUACUUCUGCUGGGGGUGAAAAACAGCAAAUCUAAAUUUCCCAAUCUAUAAUCACUAAUGCACUAAGCAAGGUAGCGGCUGCCUCACCUCCGUCUCAAACUCCACACCCCAGCCUGAGGGCUGGAGCAUCUUUCCCCAGGGCACUCUAUGGGCAGGACUGGCUGUGGUAGUGUUUGUCACCCAGACGUUGCUUCCCCAUGCCAGGCUGCUCCCCUGCCACACUGGCCCACGAGGAAUAGGGAUAUCUGAGUUCACCUAAUCGAUGGAGACAGGCAAUAGCCAGGGUGGAAAAGCAGGGAGGGCAGGACGGGUACCUGGAGGAGAAGCAAACAUUAGUCGCUACGAAAAGCAAAACCUCCCUGAUAUUUUUCCUUUUAGGAAACUUGGAAACAUCUAUUUUAUGACAUUUUCCAGUGGUUUUGCCUUGUUUUAUAGCAAUUGACAAUAUUUAUAUAAUGACAUAAACCACCAUAAAGCAAUGCAGCCAUGUAAAUAGGUGUAAAGUGGAGGGCUCCCAGGGAAGCACCAGCCAGCACUGGGCUGCUGGAGACACCACCCAGAGGGAGCAAGCUCUGCUGAGCCUUCCCCUGCAACCGCAAGGCCCCUCCAAAAUUAGUUUGGGUAUUAGGAGAGAAAUCCCACACUGGACAUCAAGGAACCCCCCCCCCCCAAGUCCGUGUUUUCUCCCCUUACCCAGAGCAGACUUAGUUUUCCUUACUUCAGAGCUCAAGGAGAGCCAACGGUUUUGCAGUCAAGGGAACCCAAGCCACCAAGUUUUGAAGGAUAAAAUCUGACCUCAAGUGUCUAAAUGGAGGCUUAAAGCCCCAAAGCGGGGGUUGGAUGCUUUCCUGCAGCUAGCAUCAGCAGAUACCAGGGACACCCCGCACCAGCUGGAGACAGCUUGUCCUCAGUUAGCUGGGAUGCCCUUGAACCGCGGGAGCUCUUCAAAUGGCCUAAAAGCAACCGGAUCCAACCCAAAGCCAGUUCUCCACUUGGAGAGCUGGAAGGCAAGGCCAGGGGAUGUGGGGACUUGGGAACUGCCCACUGAGCACACCUGGGCACCCAGCGCUCACUCCCAUUUUCCAACCCUGGCAAGUGCAGCCAUCCUCCCCAGCACAGCCUUGACACCCCCAAACCGACCCAGGGACAAGCCCCAGCCCCUUCCCCUAUCCCACAGGUUUGGGAGGCCGCAGAAGAAACACCACCCACUCCGUCCCAUGGCCGGACCCCUCCAGGCACCGACACAACCUGGGAAAUCAGAAGGAAACAGAGUUUGCACAAGAUGAAACAACUCGGAGCCCGCCACAGCCAGAGUGACCUGCAGAAGUGAAGUGCCCCACCCUUGUCUCACCAGGACCCCAUACCUUGAUCCCUGCUGGAGUUCUGCGCUUUCCAACCACACUAGAGAAGCCCCUUCACUCCAUCCAUGGUCCCCCAGUGCCCCUCGUGUGCUCCCAGUAACCUUGACCUGCAGGAGCUGCUGGUGUAGCUGGUACACAGCCCUCCUCCUCUGGAGAAGGCAGAGCAGCCCCGGUUUUGGGGUGUCCGGGGGUGCAACUCUUCCCUGCAGCCACCCCUGCUCCAGGACAUGUCCUGGGGGGACACCUCUGUCCGGUCACCCAAAGAGGGACAAGAUGUCACCCCUAAUCAUCAACCUCCAUGGCCAGGGGUGCAGCUCUGUUGGGGUACCAACCGCAUUACGACCAGUGAGGAACACAGGCGCCCACCCAUCGCCCUGGGGCAGGACCAAGGUCCUCGGUAGGGCAGAGGGGGGGGCCAGGCAGGGGGCUGCGGUGUCUUCAGCGUGGCUUCGGAGAGCAGCUGAAAUGCCAAAACAAUCAUCACUCGACGGUAGCACCCGACAAAAGUUGUUUUGUCUCGUUUCUGUUCGUUUCGUCGUGUCCGUGCCCUCUCCCUGCACACCCGCCUCCUCUCCCCUCACAAAACCUGUGUUCGUUUUGGGGUUGUUUUUUUUUUUUUUUUUUUAUUAUUUCUGUUAAUAUCUUGAACUGUAAAUGUUGUUUAGUUAUGACCAUUGCAUACUGCUUUGGGCGAUGUUUCUUUACAAUGCAUACUAAUAUAUUAUGGUUAUUAUAUAUGAAUAUAUUUAAUGACACGUGAAAAAGUUGUGGAUUUUCUUAUUGUUUUUCCAAGUCGUUUCUUUUUUUUUCUUUUUUUUUUUUUUCUCUUUGUUUGUUUCAUUAGAUUGGCUGUAAUUGAACCCGAAGGAGCUUGUAACUGUUCAGCACCCACUCGGUAGAACUAAAGUCAGAAACCAGUUGAAUAAACUCUUGUAAACUGUAAAAA